GAGCAACAGGCGGCUCGAACUCGGGCACGACGAUUCACACACACGCAAACUUUAAGGUCAGUCCGUAUGGCGUCUACAAUGAUGGAUGGGGUUGGUAAAGUGAUGGUUGGAGUCUGGCGGGCACACACAGUCCUGGAUGAGUCUGAUGAGGCAGAAAGCUCCCCGGAUGCUCCAGACCGUUUCCGCAAGCUUCGGUCUUCGUCUUCACUCAACUCCCUGCGAAUGUCUCUGCGCAAGCGGCUCCCACUGCGCUCUGUGCAGACCAAUUCCCUUCCAGAGACUCUGACCGGAGAAACCCCGGAGGAGCAAGCAAAACCCAGCACGGUUCGCAAAUUCACUCGCAGUGCCAGGAACUCCAUCACUGAAGUUUACCAGAGGUUCCAGAGGAACAGAGAGUUCACUCGUGAGAAUUGUUUGGUAGCGACUCCGGGUCGUGAUGGAGAAAAUGCUUCUGGUUCCACCUCGUGCACCCCAAAGCGUACACCCGCCCGUGCUACAACACCCAGACGCACUCCCAGAUCCACAGCCAGGCCCGGGAGUACUCCGGGAUCUAGAAGGAAAAAAACUCCCGAAGCAUCUGUGCGUGGAGUGAAAACAGGUGGAGGAAGGAGGCAACUGGUCCGUAUGGCUGCAUUACGAAGUCCUUUUGCUUCUCCCAACACGCAGAACCAGAGACUAAAAUUUGACCACGAUUUGGAGUCAGUUUCCACUGGACUCAGGAAGCUGAAGCAUCUGUCAAAGGCCUUUGACGAUCUUAUUGGCAGAGAUGACAGAUCCGGUGCGGGGCAACGUUCUGGUGGAGCUGUGAUGAGAAAGUUAGACCCCAGCGGUAAACUCUGUCCCUCAAACCUCACGCGUCGAGCCACAAAGCUUUCGGACAGGCUGGAGGGCUGGGCCAACACGGCUGUGAACACUAUUCGCAAACCUAACUAAACCACGUGUGUGCGUAUGUGUGUGUGUUUAUGAAAUACAGGACCUUUUGUAGCCAUUUAUUAUUAAUGUGGUGUCACUGUUACGUGUACUUUAAGUGUUGUCAUGACACAGGGGAGAUUGUCACACGGCAGCUUGUCUUCCUUCUUUUUAUAUCCAUGUGGUGCAAAUUAGCAGCACCGGUGUGAAUCUUGUCUGUUUACAUGUUUUGGGUUAGCUAGUUAUGGGCAUAAUAUCCUCAUUGUAGCAACCAAAGGGAUUUCUAUAUUUUUGAUUUAUCCGUCAUAGCUGCUACAAAUGUUUUAGUUACAGACUUAACAUACUAAUGUUAGAUUUUCUCACUGUUAGAAUCUAUUCUGACGUCUGGUUUUAAAGAGACGCUGCACAGUACCAAAAUACUAACACUAAAUUCACAGAAGGGGAACUCGGCUCCCUUCACUUUAAUGUAUGCAACAAUGUUACUAACAGCUAUGGUUUUAUAUAUGACAUUUGAUUAUACCAUAUUUAAAGUGUAUUUUCUGUGAAAGGGGAGGGUUUUAUAUGGUUUACUGAAGCAGUGUUUUAAUAGGGACUUUACUUGGGAUGGUGGCCAACACUUCUAAUGGUUUGUGGAUGAAUCAUGAAUCCAUAUUGUUCACAUAAAUCAUCUGGUAAUGUGAUGGGGAAAGAUUUACCGGCUCAUUACCAGAUGAAGGGCGAUGAUGAUUUAAUAAAGUGUAGCGACUGUUAGUUUUUUUACUUCAUAGCCUCUGAGGAAGUGAAACACUGCUUUUAUGUAUCGGUGCCUCCUUUUUUGGGUUUAAAGUGAAAAAGGACAUUAAGUCUGGCUGAAA